UGAGAAGAUGAGACAAGAGGAUCAUUGUGAGUUUGAGGUCAGCCUUAACUAUAUAGUGAGACCUUGUCUCAAAACAAAAUUGAUCAUAGUCAUAAACAUCCGUAGCACUAGUCUUUGAAUAUAUCAACAGCUGACUUAACACAUGUAGAUUGUAUUUGACACAUAUUUGUAAAAAUAUCAUUAAUGAAGGAAAAAACUUAGAAUUCCCAGCUAAACAGCCAAGAUUGUUCACUGAGGAUUUAUUCCAAUUGAAGAAUUUUUUUUUUUUUUUUUUUUUUUGUAUUGGGGAUCGAACUCACGACUGCAUGCUUGCAAGGCAGGCGCCUAUGCCACUGAGCUAAAUCCCCAGCCCAAGAAUUAUUUUUUUGUUUCUUUUACUUGACUAACUUUAGUACCCUAAGGCCUGGAACAUUUUUCUGUUUUAUUUAUAUGACGUUCUCAUUUUUAUUUUGUAGCAUGGAUUGCAUUGACUUUUUUACUAGAGAAUUUUACUGGGUAAUUUGUCAUUCAAGUUUUCAUCUGCUUUAUAAUUGAUACAUCUCGAGGAUCAUUUUUCUAAUACUUUUACUAUAAUGUGUUAUCACCUCAGCCCAAUCCAAGUAAUAUUUUUACCUAAUGCCAAAUGUUUUUCAACUAACUAAAAGACAUUUAUAAAAGAGUUGCCUGUAAAUAUGCAUGUAAAUAGUUCUGUUAAUAACCCACUGUUUUACAUUUGGAACACCUGUGUCUGCUAAUACAGUUAGCUUCCUCACUUUUCUGCUUGUUCAGUCUGAAUUAAAGUUAGACUUUGAAAAAUAAAAUUUAAAAUAGUUUUGUUCCUUUAAGUUUUUGAAGUGCUAUUACGGUAUUUUAAAGAAUUUGGUGUUUAAUUUAUUUAUAUAAUUUAAAAUCAGAAGCCAUAGUACAACAGGAUAUUUGACUCAAUGUCUAUUAAGAAUUCAGUGCAAUAACAGAAAUCUAGAUAAACUAGCAAAUAUAUAUAAAAAUUCUGAGAUUCUUGUGAAGGAGGAAUAUAUAUAUAUUAAUAUUACAUAUAUGAAAUUAGGCCAGGCACAGUGAUAUACACCUAAAAGCUGUAGGAUCACUGAGUUUGAGGCCAACCUGGGCUCCAUAGUAAGUUCAGGGCCAGCCAGAACGACAUAGUGAGACCCUGCAAGCAAAAAAAUGCUUCCUGUAACAUGGUAUAACUAUUAGUAUAAUCUAUAGUUCUCUAAAGAUAGUGCUUACAGUACCUUAGAACAACAACCAGGGAAUGCUAACUGACAUACUUUGAACUUGUAGCAGUUCUGUGAGUAAACAGCUAGCAUUUGCCCAUUAACUCAUUUUUGCCAACUUCUGCUAUACUCCAGUAUUUGUCAACAGGAUCAGUAUAUGUUUUAAAUACUACUUCAGCAUAAAAAACCACCCAAGAGCUGGGGAUGUAGUUCAGUGGAAGAGUCCUUGCCUAUACAAGGCCCUAGGUUCAAUCCCCUGUGUGUGGUGAGAAACCACUCUUAAUAUUUUAAUGAUUUUAUGCUUAUGUGCUUCAGGCAUUAGAUAUAGCACCGUGGGGAUGCAUUCUCUAUUGUGUAAUGUCUGAGGCCUUGUCUGGGAAGACUAAGGGCUCGAAAUAGCUUGAACAGCUGGGGGCUUGAACAUCUGGAGUCAUCUCACAUGGCUAGUGACUAGACGCAAAUCUCUGAAAGCCAGAACUAGACUGAAACUGUUGACCAGAACCACCUACCCUUUACCUUUGGCAUGUCUAUGUUGCUUGGACUUCUUGCAGUCUGUCGGCUGGAUUCAGAAAUCAGCUAUUCUAAAAUACCUAGGAAAGCGGGGAGUGAUAGCGCAUGUCUCUGGGAGGCUGCAGCAGGAGGAUUGCCAUAAGUUCAAGGCCAGCCUGCAUGCAUAGUGAGACUUUGUCUCAUAAAAUACCCAGGAGGAGGCUGCAUGUAGAAGACAUGCAGCAGUACUUCUACAUUAUCUUGGUUCUAAAUGAGUCACUAAAGCUGUAUCAAAUAGGCCAUCAAGCAACAUGUGGAUGUUUUAAAAUUGUGACUAUAGUUAACCUUGUGUCACAAUUGUUGGCCUUUAGAAAUUCCAUGUUUUCAAAAGCAACAUAUAAGAAUGUGUCAGAAUUACUAGUGUAUCUCCAGUGAACAAGAUUACCAGUAAAUGUCAUAGUAUUGUGUUCUAGAAACAAAGCACAAAUACUGGUCUUAAUUUGGCAGUCAUGUUAUCAAUUUAGGCUGUAUCUAUAUAGUCAGUGCCCCACUUCUCAACACACACCAUCUGAUAUUAUCAGGAACACAUCUGUACUUGAAUAUUUGUUGCAGUAAAGGGAACAUACACCUGGAGAGAUGGGUGUAUCAUCAGUAUGAGGGUGUUAGACCUUAAAUAGAAUUUGAGCUGUGGUUGGGGAACUUGGGUGGUCUAACGCAUUAGAGAGUCACUGCAGAUUGGAAGUUGUCAGAUAAUUGCAUUAAGACUUGGGAGAGGAGAGAUGAAUGUGGGUUAAGUUGUUAAGUCACAUUUGGCAAGAGGAUGUUCAAUAUGCAAGUUAAAUCUGUCAAAUGGAAGUUGACUCAAACAUAAAAAAGCACCUCUAGUGUUAGGUUAGAAGGACAGAUAGCCAAGUACAAAGGUCACAGGAAAAACAUUUUCUUCUGAGACCUCACAGCAGCUAUAAAAUGCAUCAUGACCCCAACCUUUUGUAGCCACUGCUUUAAUAUCCUAGAACUGCUUCUACCCAUCUGUUACUGGAAAUACCCAGUUGCCAAACUGUCCUUGCCUCUAGACAGCACCCAAGCUGUAGCAGAUCCUUGCUUCUAAUUUUUCUGCAGCAGCCACAUCCUACUCUAAACUGAUCUCUCUUCCUAUAGAACUAAGAGUCCCUUCAGCAGGCACACAAACCUUACCAAGAUGGUUGGUACUCCCCCUUGUGGAGUAGAUGCCACCUUCAGUUCUCCUGCAGUGCUCGUUUUCAUACAUGAUUUUUCCAGAUGGCAAGUGUGAGGCUGGUGUUUUGUGGUUUGGUUUGACUACAUUUUAGUGGAGUUAUGUUAUUUAAGUUCAUGCUGCUGCUGACCUGUUAUGUUAACUUGGUGUCAUGGUCUGUGUCCCCCAGGCCUCAUGAGUUUGCAUUGUGUAUUUGUGAUGGUUCAUUGUCUAGUGCUUGAAUUGAUGGUGUCAGUGUGCCACCCACAUAGGGGUGGAGCCAGGAUGUGAUGUAAUGGCAGGAAGAAGGUGUGUCUGUCUCUUUGCUGGUUCAAGCUUGAUGUCGGUGGCUGCCAUGAACUGUGGUCCAGCCACGCCGGCCUGUCUUGGAGUCAAUUGAGUGUGGACUGAAACCUCCAAAAACUGUAAGAAAUAAACCUUUCCUUUCCCAACUUUGGGCUUCAGGUAUUUUGUCUCAGCGACGAGUAAAAAGUAACCAAGUAAACCAUUUUGUCUCAGUAACGAGUAAAAACCAAUCAACUUGGCAAAACAGCAACCUGGGUGAGCUGAACACUGCUCACCUGUGCAGUUAGAGGUUCUGCAGUUUUGUUAUUCCAGUACUAGGGAGUUGGAACAAGGCGUGUUCUACCACUCGACCCUGAACCUUUUUAAGUUUUUUGAGAUGGUUUUGAUAAGUUGCCUAGACUGGCUUUGAACUUGCAAUGUUCCUACUUCAGCCUUCCAGGUAGCUGGAAUUUCAGGAAUGCCAUUGCAGGAACUGCACCUGGUUGCCGGUCAUGGAUUAGUAAAUUUGUACCACUAUAAAUUCAUGAACACCUUCGAUUAGGCUGUCAGCAUUGCCAACAAUCUUACUGUAUCUGUCUCUAAUUCCUUUUUAACUGCUUCAUACCCUCUUCACUCUUCUCAGGUUCUUCAGCUCCUAAUGACUUGCUUCACAGGAAAAAAGGCCAGAUGAAUUACACAAAUGUACAUGUUCUCCUGUAUAGGAAAUAUCCUACUUUUAAAAAUCUAUUAUUCGGGGCUGGAGAUUUCGCUCAGCGGCAUAAGCACCUGCCUUGCAAGCAGGUGCUGAGUUCGAUUCCCAGUACCGAUAAAAAAAAAUCUUGUUAUUCAAUAUUGGCUGGAAUCUUGUCUCCCAUCACUGUUUUUAUUUUUUUUUUUAAUUUUUUUCAUUUUUAUUGGUACCAGGGAUUGAACUCACGACUGCUUGCUUGCAAGGCAGGUGCUUAUGCCGAUGAGCUAAAUCCCCAGCCCCUCCCCUCACUGUUUAACAAAAUCUGUUUCUUUCUCUCUGUCUCUGUCUCUCUCUCUCUUUCUCUCUGUCUCUCUCUCUCUCUGUCUGUGUUAAAUCAAGCUCUGUGUGAGUUGAAUGUGCCAUUACCAAAAGAAAUCUGGCCCUCAUUUCUCCCAAUAGGUCUCUGCUUCACAGACUCAAGUGCUGUCCCAUAUUUUCCAUCUCCAGAUCUCCUAUUCAAAUACAUUAUGAUUUCUACCCAACUGUAUACAACAACUUGUGCUACAGUCACCAGUAACCUUUAUGUCACUAAAUCCAGUAGACAUUUAGUUCUUUUUUAAAUUUGUCUUCUGUCAAUAUGUGACAUAAAAAUUGAAAACCUCUAGGACACAAUAACCUGCUCUAUGCUGGUGCCUUUGUGGACUUCUCUUCCUUUACCUGAUUUUAAAAGCAUGUUCCUCAAAUCAGGCCUAAGAAUUCUAAUUUGCUUAUGUCUCCAUAUUUUUGGACUGUUUCAUCCUCUUCUAUAAGCUUCAAUUAGCUUCUGUCAGCAAGUGACUUGCAGAUUUGUUUCUGUCUCCUGAUCCCAGACCUUUAUUAACCUGUACCAUUUCCACUAGGAGAACUUAAGAUAUUUAACUCAUACGUUAGCUAAAUUUACAACCCCCACUCACCGAUAGCACUGCUACCUUUUCAAUCACUCCAAACAGAAACUCUGGCAUUGUUUUAGAUUCCUACGUUUCCCUCAAGUCCUAGGUUCAGUCAUUCCCAAGAAGAGUUGGACUUCUAAAAACUAUGCCCUCUUUGCUGACUGCCCAGGUCCUAAGUUCCAGCUGCUAUUUUUCUCAUUGAUUUUUUUUUUUUUUUUUUUUUUUUUUUUUGGUGUGGAGAUUGAACUCACAACCUCGUUUGCCAAGCAGGCACUUAAUGCUGCUGAGCUAAAACCCCAGCCCUCAUUAAUUUUUGUGUUUUUAAUUAGGGUCUUGCUGUGAUGCUCAGGCUGGUCUCCAACUCUAGCUCUGACUCUAGGAAUUUUUCCACCUUAGCGUCCUGAGUAGCUGGUGUUACUGUUAUGUACGAAGCUUAUGGUCUCACAUCAAAGAAUGAAGUUGCAAAUCAAAAAGGAAGGAGAGAUUUUACUAGAAAUAUGAAUAGCUUUUGGAUUUCGAAGAGGAGUCCUGAGUGGGGGGCAGCUGAGGCUUUUUGUUAUGGGCAUUUUGUACAGCAGAAUGGGUCAAAGUACAAUCAACCUAUAGGAUUAUAAGUGUGCUUAGGUAUUGGUCAUAAUAGGGAAGUGAGGCACAUAGCAAAGGUAUAUGGUGAACAUCAUUAACUUUGGCUUAUCUAUAACUUUUAAGGUAGAACAAAGGCAUUUCCUUAAAAAUGAAAAAAAUGAGAGUAUGGGUCAGGGUGUUUGAUCAACCCACUUACGCAUCUGAAGGACUAUGUUGGCUUACUGACUGGGUGUUGCUAACCACAGAGUAAUCUCAAACCGCUGUUUAUCUCUAGGGAGCCUUGCAUGCCUGGUUCUCUUCAAACUUGUUGCAGGCACAGUUCUGAUGGGUCUCAUCUUUUGCACUGACUUCAAGAGCCUGACCUCUCUCAAUCUAAUUUAGCUGUCUAUAAUACUGAGAUUAUAGCACUAGUGACAACACCCAGCCUCUCCUGUUGGUAUUUUAAAGGCCUUCUAAAGAAUUCUCCACAUCUGCACAUGCAUAUAAUCCAUUCUCCACUCAGCAGUUCCAGAAAUCUUUCAAAUGUACAAAUAGCAUCACAAAAUCACUCUGUACUACAAUUUCCAUUUAGAAGAUUCCUAAACAUUGGAGGGUAAAAGGGCUAGGCUAGCAUAGAACUAAGCACUGCAUAAUACAAACUGAUGCCUUGGAUGCCUUCACAAUUUACAUAAGAUUGAAACUAAUUUUUAUAAUCGGCAUUUUUAAAAUGAAGGUGGGUUUACAGAGGCAGUGCUGUCACUUUUGCUUCCUAGAAGACUUGGUAAUAAGCAAGUAUACCUCAAUAAAGUUGUUUAAAAACGAAGGCUGGAGCGGGGCGUGGUGGCACAUGCCUGUAAUCCAGCACUUAGGGAGGCUGAGGUAGGAGGAUCCUUGCAAGGUGGAGACCAGCCAGGGCUGCAAAGUGAGCUCAAGGCCACCCUGAACUGCAUAACGAGACCCUGUCUCAAAAAAGACAAAACAAAAGGGCUGGCCAGAUAGAAAUCUUUUCCUAGUUCGGUGUCAGAAAAUAAUGUCACAAGAUAAAGACAUGAUUCAUAUGUCCAUAAUGAUCUGGCCCCAGCCACACUCUUCCUCUUCAAGCCUCUCCCCUUUUGCUUAUAUACUGCCUUGCUUUCUUUCUUUCAACCCACAUAAGCGAAAACAUCUUUCCCGUGGACCUCGGAGCUUUAACCUCUACUUAGAAUACUUUGUCCCCUACUGUACCAGCUAACCCUUACUUAAAACUUGAUUUCAGUGGAAAUAGUUCGUCUUGGUUACGCCUUUCCACUAUCUGCUCUCAUGGACAUUUUUAUCUUAGGCACAUAAGUAUAAUCAAAUUAGUCUUUUUUUCCAAUUAAUCUCUAGUCCGCCCUCUCAUCCCCAAGAAUUGAGCUUCUUUCCAUGCUUCCCACCAUAAUUCACAAAUAGGGUUGCGGAAGUAAAGACUGACGCGGUGCAGGCCGGACCUCCCUCCCGCGCCCACGCCCACGCCCGCUUCCUGACGUGCUCUCUGCCGGAGGCGAGCUGCGGGGGCGGGACUUCCGGCUCACAUGUUUCCGGAGGCGGAAGGCCGCUGCCCGGCGGGGAGGUUUGAACUGCUGCUAGUGUUUUUUUUCUCCUUGGUCACCCCUAUUGCGUGCUAUUCUUCCACUGCCCAGGUGCGGCUGGUAUCUCAGCCAAGACAUUCUUUCUGUGACACUACCUCUCCGCGGUUGCGACUAUUUUCCGUCAUCCGGAAACAUCACUCUUUGUAAUUUGUCAGAUUCAGAAAAUAUCCCUGGAGAAGCAAUCGUGGGGAGGCGCGGACGCUGCGGUUGCCGGCUGUUGGCCAGACGGAAGCUCGGAGGCCAUUGAUUGGCCUCUUUCCCACAGCUUCGUAGCUCCCAGCUGCCGUGUAAGCGAGAGACCUUUAGUUGUUUGGAUGAGACGUUUCUAUAACCAGUCUUUGCCUUGGGAGGUUCUGAUCGUUCCCCAUCAGUAAUGGCAGCUGCAGUGCGAAUGGUACUUUAUGAAGACGAUUCAGUUCAAGUACAGUAUAUUGAUGGUUCCAAAUUACAGCUGUCUCCCUGUGGCUCUGAAUUUUUAUUUGAAAAAUCACCUCCUAUUUCAGCACAUCCUUUAAAACAACCAGAAAGAAUUCGUCAAAGGACACACUUUGUUAUCAGCACUUACCGAAAGCAACUUCAACGUGCCUUAGAUUUUCGAAACUCUUCAGCUACUUGCCCAUUUUUAUCUGAAAGCAUCAUACCUUCUGAAAGAAAAAAACAUCUCCUCAUUGAUACCUCAGAAGUGAGAUGGCCCAGUCUAGAAGCAGAUGACAGCAUGAUAAGAAUGGAGAGCGGCACCGUGAAGAUAACGUCUUUAGAUGGUCAUGCAUACCUUUGCCUGCCCAAAUCUCAGCAUGAAUUUGCAGUACAUUUUUUGUGUAAAAUUAGCCAGAAGCCAAGAGUACUGUCAGAAAUAAGUAAACAAGCUUCAAAAGAUAAACUAAUUGAAAAAGCCGGUAAUAUCUCUGGCAGUCUAUCAGGCCAAAGAUUAAAGAAUAAAGAACAUGAACUUUUUUGCCAGAUCUUGAAAUCCAAAGAACCAUUAGAGAAGACCAGUUGUACAAAUGAAACUGAAGGGGGAGCAGAGCCACCUUCAUCCGGAACAGAUGACACUCAUGUGUACGCAUGGGUAAAGCAGUGCUGGUCUGUGGCCUCCUGCCCAGAGGAGUGGAAAUACCCUUUGUCUUUAGCACUUCAUUUUCAUAAUAAAGUUAAUGAUAUGCUUGAAAUUGAUCCAGAUGUCACCACAAGUAGAAUUUUAACUUCUCGUGUUUCAGAGGAAAGAAGAAAAGAGGUUUCAAUUCUUCCCAAGGCCCUGUUACUUAGCUGUCCUUUCCCACACCUGCACAGGUGGAAGUUUUGUGAUACUCUUUUACAGACACAGUCUGAUGAAGAAUAUUCUUAUCCUGAACUAGUGAAAGUAGUUUGGUAUAAGGGUAUUACAUACAGGCUUACUCAUAAAAAUGUGAACUCAAUAGAGAUUUAUCCUGGAGAUGGAUCUGUUUUAAAAUCAGAAGGAGCUUACCUGGGGAAAUAUUUUACCUGUUAUUCCUAUCGAAUAGGAACAGAAGAGAGAGAAGAGAAAACUUAUUCAGUGAAUAACCUUCCUCCAGAUAGACCAGGAAGUCCGUUCUCUGUAUGUUCUGUGAUUAAGGAAGCAACCAGAAUUCUUCAACACUGUGCCAAGAUGAGGCUUUCUCUAAGCCAUAACUACCAUAUAUGCUGCUGGAAAAUGCUACCUGGAAUAAAUGAUAGCAGUGUACUGCCUUUGCUUUUGAAAGAGUCACUUGUAUCCAAUGUGGGAAGAUUUCUUGCCUACUCUGAUAACAAAGUACAUGCUAUCUUUUUAAAUGGCAUCACUUUAACCUUGAAUUGGAAUUUCAGCUCUUCUGUUGAAAAAAGACAGGUAAAUCAAGGUCCCAGCUUAGGUUGGUGUAGGUUAACUUUUCCUGAUGGGCAAGAUCAGUUAAUUCAAAUUGAACACCCUGGACCAUAUGAAAGAUAUGUGACAGUAGUGACAUCAUGGUGCCGAGGACUGACUCAAACAAGUUCAAGAGAGAUAAUUGCACGCCCUUCAUCUGCUAUUCUUGAAGAAAACUGGUCUGUUGCUUCUGAACUCGAAAAGAUACAGAAGUUUAACUUGUUACUAGAGAACAGUGAUGUCCUAAACUACACUUCAAGCAAGAAAAAUGAACUGUCUUCUGAUUCUUCAGAAAACCUGUUAGAAUUUAAUGAGAAGCGAGUAUCAUUGGCAUUGAAAAAAACUUCUGAAAUCCUUCAGGAUAUUGAUUAUCUUCUAUCAAACUCCAAAAAGUGAAAGAUGGAAUAAAUACAUUAUUAAAUUUAGGAGGGGUUUUUCAAGUUACUUUUAUAAAAUUAUUAGUAAGUCUAGAAACUGGAUAUAUUCUAUAUAGCGGUUGAGAACUGACAUUUAAUGUUGAUUGUAUUUUACCUAAUAAAUUUUUAAAGAACUAUCAUGAAAUUGUAAGUUUAUUUCAUUUCUUCAGAUGAGGACAAACAUAAAAUUAGAAAUUUUUGCUGCUUUUAUGUUGUGGAACAUUCACUAUUAGUCUUCAAGUUUAUUUUUUUUUUUUUAGCAUGCAUAAUUAUGAUUUGGCCAUUUCCUGCUUAGUCUCUCUACUCCACAACUAUUAAAAAAAAUGGAUCUCAAAAAAGAAAUAAAGAACCUGAUCAACAUCCAUAUUUCAAGCUAAGUAAGGAUCAAAGACUUCAACAAACAACCAAGUUCUAUUUAAAAUAUGGAUUUUCAUUUCUUUUGAACAUAUGAAAAGAUUUAUACUGCAGAAUGUGAAAUUGAGAAAUGAGGUUAUUGAAAAAUGCUUUCUGUGGGACACAUAAAACUGCACAUCUGAAAAGACAUCGUUUUCUAAUUUUCUGCUUUAAAUAAAAGACCAGGCUUUUAAACAAAAAGAAGCAGUAGGAGACAUGAGAACAAUGGAAAGAUCUGGGGUGGUGGUGUCAGAGUUGAAUGGCAAAAGUGGCCUCUAAGCUUCUCUCAUUCUUGGUUCCUUCCCAUUUUAGGCCUCAGCAGGAACAUAACUUCUUCAGCGAGGCCUCCCCAACUAUCUGAGCCAUUAGCCUCCCAGCUCCAAUCAUCCAGUUUAUGUUUAUUUCCUCCAUAGUACGUGCUAUGUAACAGUCCAGCUUGUUUCCUUGAGGUCAAUAACCUGUACUAGAACUUCAACUCCACGAAGUCAUUUUGUGGUCUUAGCACCACAGUGCCUGGCAUAAAUGGAUCCUGCCUUUAGUCGAUAGACUAUAGAAAAAAGUAAAAUUUUUUUUCUGCUUGCUUUGCAGUAAGUCAUCUACCUUGUUCCUAGACUGGGAUGUACUAUCCUGCCACAGAGAUGUUCAGACUGAAAAUUGGUCCUUAAUAUUACUGAACAACCUCUAUACUGUAGUGUGACAAGUAAAAGUUAUUUUAAAAACCUGAAGAAUAAAUAGCCCAUGAGUCUACUUCUGAGUUUAGAUUUUAAUUUUCCAUGUAUUGUGUUGGGGAUCAAACAACUUCACGCUUACCAGGCAGGCGCUUGUGCCACUGAGCUAUAUCCCAGGUCCUUUCUAUGUUUUUUUUUUUUUUUUUUUUUACUAACAAUAAUUAAUACUCCACUGCUGGCUUGCUGUCUGACACCUGUUUUCAGAAAACUUAGGAAGAGGAAAGAGUGCCUUUUUGGGCUGGUGGUCAUUAAGGCCCAAUAUGAAGCUCCUGUCUCCUUGGUGCUAAGACAGCAACCCACCAUUGUGAGGCAGGGAGAUGGAAGAAUCUAAGUCAGAUUCCGGCGCGCAACUAGUCAGACGAGUUGCUCUGCACCGUAAGUGCAGUAGACACUUCAUCUCCUAAACAUUCAGUAUUGCUGAUGAGAGAUCUGGCCACGUCGCUGCUGUCCAAGGGAGAGAGAAGCUCUGACACCCAUCACCGUCGUUAUCAAGAAGUCCCCAAGGGGGCGGUGAAGCGCUACUGAACAACUUCGGGCCCAAGUUUGCCCCGAAAACUCCACAUGACGCUGGAAAUACUCUACACUUUCGAGAAAAACUAGACUGUGUUUGGGCUAUCUCCAACUUCCUGGCCGCCUAGGGCUCCGUGGUGGGGAGGUCUGCGGCUCUGUGAGUAGGCACGGACCAAGUCAAGAACUAAAUCCUCCGGCUACACUUCUCAUUGUGACGUCCAGCGGGCCCUUUUCGGAGAUACGACUGAAAACUCCUGGAACUAACGCGCUGAAUUUAACAGUUCCAAGUAUCGACGUAGUCCAACUCGGAGUCGGGUCAGUAUCCCGGCUGUAUCCCCGGCGUCUCUAUGGUGCUGGCCGAGGGGUCAGUAUCCCCUCUCGGCGGACGCCGCGGAUAGGCCGCUCCGGCCGGCGCCCGGCGUCUCUAUGGUGCUGGCCGAGGGGCGGGGCCGCUGUUGGCGGGGGCCGCUUGCUUCAGCUGUGUGAACCCGGGGUCCGUACGGCUUGGGCGGCUGCAAGAUGGCUGCCGGGCGGGAGCGGGGCCGCACGGACGCUGCAUCUCCUUGCGCUCUGAGGAAGGUCGGAGGCAGGGCCCACCCGAAACUCAAGUUUGGAGGUCGGGUUGCGGGUGGGAGGGCCAUGCGGGGAGGGCAGGAGCAGACAGGCUGUGCGCCCCCUGGGCGGGCGGCGUCCUGACUCCCAGGGUCUGCGCGGAGCCCGGUUUCUCGGGGCUGCUUGUAGACCGGCGCGUUGCCAGCCUUGGCCGGGCUCCGCACGCUUGGCGCUACCCAGGGCAGGAGGAGGAACUACAGCCAACCAUCCCCAACGGGUAGACAUCCCUUUGCGCCCCACGUUCUCACAGACUACAGUGCUGUGCAAAAACAGUCCCCGCAGACUCCAGGGCUUUCUGCACCAUUGUAACUCGACGCUCUCAAAAUUAUUGCAUCGUACCAUCCUUAGAAACGCAUGCCUUUGAGAAUUUGCCGAGAGUUGCAACACGUCGAGACUAAGAAUUAUAUAUUCUGUUUGCAGUGGUGAUAGGAACUCCAUUUUAUGCCCAGAGAUCUCAUGGCUAUAAAAAGUUCAGAGAAAGUGAACUUUGAUAAUUAUCUGCACUAGACAUGGCACAAACAUUGAUAUUUUAACAUUAAAGAAAUUAAAUGUGUUUCACAGCAACUACAGUUCAACAAAGUGUACUUUAAAAAAAUAAUUGUUUGGGGGGUUGUGCUUUUAUCUCAAGUUUUUGUAAGUAAUUUGUGACCUUAAUAGGGAGGAGGGGAUAUUAAAGCAGAAGAUGACAUUUACGUUGAGAAUUUUUUAUUUUAGCAGAAGUAACAGCAGAAAUAACAAUGAACAGUACAUGAUAGCAUGCAAUUAAAAUGACUAUGUUUUCAUAGAGUUAAGGAAAGGGAAUUACUACUUUGUAUGCUUUGAAGGCCCCAUGGUUGAUGGCAUUUACUUUAAAGGGAAUGAUGGAGACAAAUUUGGCUGGUGUAGAAAGUGGCUUCUGCAAGUCAUAGAUAAAAAUUGGUAUGACUGAUUGUAAUGGUAGAAAAAUAAUUCUGGAUAAUAUGUUUAGUUCUUUUUUUUUUUUUUUUUUUUUUUUUUUUUGUCUUUUUCUUUUUUAUCAGUACCGGGGAUCGAACUCACGAUCACACACUUGCAAGGCAGGUGCUUAUGCCGCUGAGCUAAAUCCCCAGCCCAUAUGUUUAGUUCUUAAUCAGAAGAUUGUGUAUGUGCUUACCCCUUGUAUUAGUAUAAUAAAAUAUUAAGUACCAUGAAUACAUUAGAAUUUAUGCACCAAUUUAAAAGAAAAUUAUAUUGCACUUAAACUUUUUAACAAAAGUAAAUGUGUAAAACAAGCAUAAAGCUUAGGAGUUUUUAGCAAGGCUUGGAAUCUAUUUUAUUUGUAGAGGAAAAGAGAAAGUGGAAAAGGAAGAAAAAAGCUUAAGAAAAAUGGUACACAUAGAUGUCUGUAUCAGUCCAUUUUUCGUUAUAAUGAAAUACAUGAGAUGUUAGCAUUAUUUUUUUAAAAAGUUUAUAUAGGGGCCUGGGGAUUUAGCUCAGUGGCAUAAGUGCCUGCCUUGAAAGCAGGCAGUCAUGAGUUUGAUUCCCGGUACCGAUAAAACGGAAAAAGAUAACGAAAAAGAAAAAAAAAAAAAGUUUAUAUAGCUCACAAUUUUAGAGAAUGAAAGGUAAGUCCUCUUAGUUCUAGUCAGUACUUUUCAACUGUAUCCCAUGACAUUGGAUGGCAGUAGCACAACUGAUCAUAUCUCAAUACAGUGUAGGAAGCCAAAGUGCUGAGUGGGCCCAAGUUCAGGCCAUCAUAAUCUUUUUAAUGACAACUACCAAGGGGGCCACAAGAGAACUACCCUAAUCUGUUAAAAGGGCAGGCGCUCCAGUGACCCAAGAACCAGUUGCACAAGACCAGACCUCUUAAAAGAUCCCAGUACUGUGCCUCCCAAUGCUGCCACCCUGGGGAGGCAGCUUCCCAAUACAUGAAUGCUUAUGAGUGACAUCCAAAUCAUAGCAGUGUUCUACUCAGAGACUAAUUAAUACAAGAAGUACACUACUUAUGUUACCACUUUUUAUGUUAAAUCUUUCUCAUCUCAUCUCACAGAUGUUAAAUAUCUACACCAGAGGGUGGAGUGGAAUGCCUUCCAGAAAUGUGUUCCUGAAAUCACAGUUACACCUUCUUGAAAACAAAUAGUACUGUUUUAAAUACUGUCGCUGCGUAACAUAUCACACCAAAAUUUAGAGGAUUAUGACAGUAAACAGGUAUUAUCUCAUUCUUUCUGUGGGUCUUUGAAAGAGUUUAGCUAAGUGAUCCUGGCCCAGGGACCUAUGAAAUUGCAGUUCAGAUUUUGGCAGAGGCUGCAGGCAUUCUAAAGACUUGAUUGGAUCUAAAAGAUCUGUUACCAAACUCAUACAUCAAGCAAGUUGUUUUGUAAUUUACAUUUAUAAAAUGCAAUUGGUCUUUUUUAUGUUGUAUAAUUUGCAUUUAUAAGAUAUUUAUGUUUUAUAAUUUACAUUUGUAAAAUGCAUUGUCUAUGUGUAUGUGUUCCUAUUCAUAAACUAGUGUUAACUUUCCAUCACAAUGACAAAAUACCAAGACAGAUUAACUUAGACCAAGGAAAGGUUUAUUUUGACAUAGCUGCAGAAAUUUCAGUCCAGGGUCACUUGGGCCUCUCUGUUGCUUUGGGCGUAUGGACGUACAAUAUCAUGGCAGGAACAAAAAAUAAAAUUUCAAAACAAUAGAAUAACAAUGAUUAAUACAUUGUGUAAUGUUAUCUCUAAAUUAGUUACUCAGAAUACAAGAUACCAGCAUUUAAUUGUCCAAAAAAUAUUAGCACAAAUCUUUCUUUUCAGUGAACUAAGAAAAUUAGUAGUAUAACUAUCUUAAUGAUCUUUUAUGUGUAUACAUAUAUUAAAUUUAAAUUUUUAUUAGUACAUAUUUGCAGUGCAUAAUGAAAACUUAGCGGGAGUCAGUACAUGCACAUAACACAUCUUAAUUCUUUUUUCAUUCUUACUCCUCUUUCUAUCCGUGCUUCUUUCAUUGCUUGCCCCCUUCCCAUUUGAAAAAGAUCUCUUUACUUGCUAUCAUAAUUUUUUAUUUUGGUCUUUACAUUUUGGGUUUCUUGUAUGAGAAGCCAUACAGUAUUUAAGCAUGUGUGUUUAGGGUUUAUUUCACUUAGUAUUAUCUUCUCAAGGUGUAUCUGUAUACCUACAAAUGAUUGAAGUUUGUCCUUUAUAGUGGAGUAGUACUCCACUGUAUAAAAUACCACAUUUGUGUUGAUGGGUAUGUAGGCUCUUUCUUUGUAGUCAUAAUAGUAAGACAUUGAAAAUGCCUGAAGUUAAUGCAGAUCAGUUAGACUGGCAGGUAUACUGACUGGAGAUGAGAACAAGAACAAACUGAAUCCUUGGAGACAAAAGAGAACCUGCAUCGGCCUCACAAAUUCACACUUUUGGUGCAGUGGAUGACCUGCAAGAGCGACACUCUUGACCCUGAUACUUUUAUUUUGUAUCAGGAACUGAACUCAGGACCUUGCACUUGCCAGGCAGGCACUUAUGCUGUUGAGCUAUAUCCCUGAUAAUCUUGACCUGAUGCUCUUCACGCUGGAGUUGCAUAAAUAGACUCAGGAUUUGGAGAAACUGAAAGGGAACUAAAGAAGCUGCUUCCUCUGGGCCAACAAGUGAGAUAACAGAUGAAUGAGAAGACGUGGUGUCCCUGCACCAGCCACCAGACUGCUAGAAAACCAUGACUGCUGCUUCAUCUCUACUUCAGACCUCAUACGUGAUGUCCUGUCCCCAGUGCUACACGUAACUGUACUAGGAAGGGAAUUCUGAAAACUAUAACCCCAAUUUUGCUGUGUUUACAUUGUACAGAGCCACCAGAGCUUUGGCCGGUUGUUUUUGUUUUGUGACUCGGUUUCCACGGGCAUAGAGAAUGAGUUGAGAAAUGUCACCUUGAGGUGUGCUUCCUCCCAGGGAAAGUAAUCUUUCCGGGAUGGUUUUGGAGCCGUUUUCUUUUUCUUGGCUCUGCUCUUAUUUGCCAGCAGCCUCGCCAGAUCUGAGUCAGCUGGCUGACUGCUUCCAGGGAGUUCUGCGUUUUUCUUGGAGACACUUCUGCUUGCUGUCUGCCUUUUGUGGAUCACUAUUUUCUCUUUGAAUGAAGAUUUCUUCCUCUUGGGAAAAUUUGUGUUGCCACCCUGUCUUCAAGAAGAUUGUUUUUUUGUUUUUUACCUUUAGUAAAAGUUAAUGGUUUUCUUUACAUACAUUUUCUGUUUAUUCCUUGAAUUUUGAGUUUUGAAUGUUCAUUUUCCUAUCUUUGUGAUUUCUGAUAUACUGAAAAUAUAUUUUAGUAUUUCUUUCCAAUUAGCCACACUUUACAACUUAAAACAGUUUUCAGUUGGUUCUCUUAGGCAAUCAUUUUAGCUGCAAACUAAAGUAGUUACCUUUUUUCCUUUUGGUAAUAUACUGAUAAAUUUCCUUUCCUUUCUUCCUCCUUCAUUUCCCUUGUUCUACCUGUUCUCCUCAACUUUAUUACACUGAUUUAAACUGCCAGAACAAUGUUGUAAUGACUGUAUUGUUCCUAACUUUUAAGGUAAUGUUUUUAGAUUUUCAUCACACUGAUUUCUAAAUCAAGGGUUUCAUGAUUUUUGGUAAGCUAAUGACUCAAUGUUUAGUGAACCCUAAGAAUUACCUGGCAUUUAGACUUGCUAAUAAUGCAAAUUCUCAGGGAUAGAUGUUUUACUAAAUGCUUUUUAACUGCUAUCCUUAACAUGCAACACCUCAUGUAUAUCAGAUGCAGCAUAUACUAGUAUUUCAUUCAUUUAAUGAAUGCUUAGCAUUAAGUGCUGAGGAUAUAGGAGAGAUCAAAUUAGACAAAGUCCUUGGUCUUUGAGGUUUUGUUUUAUCUUCUGAAAUGUUUACAGAGAAUAAGCACCUGAAAAAUAUACAUGUCUUUUGACUCCAGUAGCAUCAUUGGUACCUUUGGUUAAGCUUAAGUUUUGGGGGGUUAUAUAGGCUAUGCAGUUUUUCUUUUUAAUUUGUUAAAAAGUAAUAAUUUAUAUUACAUUGUGAUUAGAGAAUUUCACCCGCUUAUUUCCACUUUUUGUUAUUGUUUACCUUUUUUGGGGGGUACUGGGGAUUGAACUCACAACCUCGUGCUUGCUCAGUGCUUACGCCACUCAGCUAAAGCCCCAGCCCCGUAUUUCCACUUUUAAUUUUUCUGAAAAUUUUCUUGUGACUGAGGAAAUGUAUGGUUAACUUUUAUAAAUGUUUCAUGGACAUUUGAAAAGAAUUUGUGUUUUUUAUAGAAUAAAAAGUUCUAUAUGUGACUAUGAAAUAAAAUUUGUAAAUAUAUUAUUUGGAAUAUC